GUGGCUGCAGUGAAAUAGCUUGUUUUGAAGCGGUUCUCUCAAGAGGCAUCAGUCAGUGUACUUGCCUCCUCGUUAGCUACGAAUCCAGAUUUCCAGAAACCCUGCGACGCAUAUCAGGGUCAUUUCCCGUGGCACAAAGAGGGUGAUCCGAUCAGAUCGGACCAAACGUUGCAUCGUCAAAAACACCCUGCUAACUGCGUCGUUUGCCGUUUCGACCUCCGGUGAAAAUGAAUACGGAGAAAGAUUUCUCGCCUUUGACCCCGAACAUCGUGAGAGCUCUCAACGACAAACUCUACGAAAAAAGGAAAGUCGCUGCUUUGGAGAUUGAGAAGCUCGUGCGGGAGUUUGUGGCCCAGAACAACUCCACCCAGAUCAGACAUGUCAUCCAGAUCCUGGCGUCAGAGUUCGCCCUGUCCCAGCAUCCACACAGCCGCAAAGGGGGCCUGAUUGGCCUGGCGGCCUGCUCCAUCGCCCUGGGCAAGGACUCGGGGCUCUACCUGAAGGAGCUGAUCGAGCCGGUCCUCACCUGUUUCAACGACUCAGACAGCCGCCUGCGCUACUACGCCUGUGAGGCCCUCUACAAUAUCGUGAAGGUGGCCAGGGGGGCCGUGCUGCCCCAUUUCAACGUGCUCUUCGACGGGCUCAGCAAGCUGGCUGCUGAUCCAGACCCCAAUGUGAAGAGCGGCUCUGAGCUCCUGGAUCGACUUCUCAAGGACAUUGUGACAGAGAGUAACAAGUUUGACCUGGUGGCCUUCGUCCCCUUGCUACGGGAGCGGAUCUACUCCAAUAACCAGUAUGCCCGCCAGUUCAUCAUCUCCUGGAUCUUGGUACUGGAGUCUGUCCCUGACAUCAACCUCCUGGAUUACCUGCCUGAAAUCCUGGAUGGACUCUUUCAGAUCCUGGGGGACAGCAGCAAGGAGAUCCGCAGGACGUGCGAGGUUGUUCUGGGGGAGUUCCUCAAGGAGAUUAAGAAGACCCCCUCCAGUGUGAAGUUCGCAGAGAUGGCCAACAUCCUGGUCAUCCACUGCCAGGUCUCUGACGAGUCCAAACUCACGAACGACCUGAUCCAGCUAACGGCGAUGACAUGGAUGAGGGAGUUCAUCCAGCUGGCGGGGCGCGUGGUGCUGCCCUACUCCUCUGGCAUCCUGACGGCCGUGCUGCCCUGCCUGUCCUACGACGACCGCAAAAAGAGCACUAAAGAGGCUGCCAGCGCCUGUAACCACAGUCUGAUGAAGCUGGUGACGCCUGAGGAUGAUGAGGAAGAGGAAGGGCAGACCAGCGAGACCCCGACUCGGGAGGAGAGCCCGCCGAAGACCCAAGACGAGCUCGACAAUUCAUUAAAUGCCUCACAAGACUCUGUAGGAUUCAGCAACAUCAGCUUCUUCACUCCCACAAGCGCGGACCGAGCCCACGUGACUCUGGACCUGGACGGCAUCGUUCAGGUGCUGGACCGACACCUGCACGACUCGUCCACCGGCAUGAUGACGCGCAUCGCGGUCCUCAAGUGGCUGUACCACCUGUACAUCAAGACCCCGCGCAAGAUGUUCCGACACACAGACAGUCUGUUCCCCAUGCUGCUGAAAACGCUGUCGGACGAGUCAGACGAGGUCAUUCUGAAGGACCUGGAGGUGCUGGCGGAGAUCGCCUCCUCUCCGGCUGGACAGACGGACGCCACAGGGUCAUGUGACAACACGGACAGCAAAUCAGAGCUCCAGGUUCCUGCAUCCGAGCAGCUGGCAGUGGGUUCGAAAGCGGCAGACUCCUCCCCCUCCACGCCCAGCAUGAACUCCUACUUCUACAAGUUCAUGAUCAACCUGCUGAAGCGCUUCAGUGUGGAGAGGAAGCUGCUGGAGAUGAGGGGCGCUUUCAUCAUCAGGCAGCUGUGUCUGCUUCUGCAUGCUGAGAACAUCUUCCACUCCAUGGCCGACAUCCUUCUGAAGGAGGAGGAUCUGAAGUUCGCCUCCACCAUGGUGCAGACGCUGAACACCAUCCUGCUGACCUCCGCAGAACUCUUUCAGCUGCGCAACCAGCUGAAGGACCUGCGCACACAGGAGAGCUGUGCUCUGUUCUGCUGUCUGUAUCGCUCCUGGUGUCACAACCCCGUCGCCACGGUUUCACUCUGCUUCCUGACCCAGAACUACCGCCACGCUUAUGACCUCAUCCAGAAGUUCGGUGACCUGGAAGUGACCGUGGAUUUCCUGAUGGAGGUGGACAAGCUGGUGCAGCUCAUCGAGAGCCCCAUCUUCACAUACCUGCGGCUGCAGCUGCUGGACGUGGAGAAUAACCCGUACCUGAUCAAGGCUCUGUACGGCCUGCUCAUGCUGCUGCCCCAAAGCCAGGCCUUCCAGCUGCUGUCCCAUCGGCUCCGCUGCGUUCCCAACCCUGAGCUCAUGAGGACCCUGCCCGAUUCGAAGCCCUCGGACUCGCGGCGUGCGACCCCGGCCCAUGUGGACUACAGGGAGCUGCUGCAGCACUUCGACCGGGUCCAGAGCAAGCACCUGGAGGUGCGACACCAGCGGGCCGGCCGGGCGGAGCACCCCGACAGGAAGCUGGUGCUGUGAGGGGCGGAAGUGAGGGCCGAGCUCUGCCCCUCAGCGCCAGGGCACCGCGACGAUCCCAGAUGUGCACGUGCACACACACACACACACUCACAC